UAUUUUCUUGGCGUCUAUCAAAACACCGGGGAAAACAAUUAUAUAUUGGUUAUAAACUUUUAAUUAACUUUUGUAAAUAAAUAAAAUAAGCUGACAAAAUGUCAUCGAGAUGGUAUCCGAUGUUUCAAAAAGGAAAUCCUCAAUUACGAGUUUUCCUUCCAAAUUUCUGGAUGAAAUUAGUAAGACCACAGUUUCCACAAGCAGAUAACCAGGUUGAGUUUCACGUGUCAAUGGGAAUGACCAAACACGAUAUCAAAAAUUAUCUUGAAAAAAUUUAUAAUGUUAAGACAGUUGAUGUGAGAACUAGAAUCAAGAUGGGAAGAUUCAAAAAAAGUUUAGAGCGUGGCUACAUUAUUAAAGACGAGGAUAUUAAAAUAGCUUACGCUAUUCUGCCCAAAGACCAGAAAUUUGUAUUCCCGGAUAUAUUUAAUGUAGAAGAGAAGAAAAAAACAGAAGCAAGUGAAAAACGAACUAUUGAUGAAAUGAAAGAAGGAUAUAAAGACUUUCUUAAAGCUAAUAACAAACCUGGUGUUCCUGGAUGGUACAGUAUGUAAUAAAUCUAGAUUGUAAAAAAGAAAUAAGUAAAUAAAUAAUUUUAAAUAUUUAAUAAAUAA